CUGGCCCUGGUUCCUCCUGGCUGCCUUGAUCUCUCAGUGAUGGUGGGCUUGAGGAUGGAUUUCAGCAUGCUCCUGGAGCCUCUGGGCUUUGUUAAGGUCCUUGAAUGGGUUCUUGCCAUCUUUGCUUUUGCCACAUGUGGAGGCUUUCAUGGUGAAACUGCUCUUCUAGUUUCCUGCAAAGGUGUGGUAAACAAAACAAUUACAGCUGCUUUUGCUUAUCCCUUCAGGUUGAAUACUGCUGUAUUUAGUGCACCAGACCCAAAAGGCUGUGGUGGUACUUGGACUGAUGCCCACCUCGUGGGCAACUUCUCCUCUUCUGCACAGCUCUUUGUUACCCUGGCAGCACUGGUGUUCCUCUACUGCAUUACUGCCCUUGUGGUAUAUAUUGGAUAUAACCACCUGUAUCGGCAAAAUAACAAGGUUCCACUGACUGACUUGGCAAUCAGUGUCUUGACAGCUUUUCUGUGGUUGGUCAGUACUUUUGUUUGGGCAAAGGCUCUUGCUGACAUCAGAGAGUCCACAGGAGCCAGCAUUAUUACGGGAAUUGAAUCUUGCAAAUCACCAGGAACAACUUGCCAUUUUCUUUCUGUGACCAGCAUGGGAACUCUGAACGUGUCUGUGGUGUUUGGCUUGCUUAAUAUGAUUUUGUGGGCAGGAAAUGUUUGGCUUUUAUACAAGGACACCAACUUGCACAACCAAUGGAACAGAAUUUCUGAAAGUCCAACUGAAGGGGUAUAAAACCAAGUCCAUAUUUUGAAGCACUUUCACAUCACAUUACCAAGAGCAUGGAGCCAUUAGGAUUCAUUUAAAUAAUAACUGAUGAUUCAUACAAACUUCUAUUCUGUACUAUGGUUUGACUUAAGGUCUUGGGUGCUCCAACUGAGAGUGUUUAAUCACAGUAAAAUAUAUUGUCUUUCAAGGCUGUGCAGCAUUACAUUGCAAUUUUUGAAGGGCAAACUGAAGAGGUUAUCUGGAUGCUGUCCCUUUCUGGUUCUUAAGUUAGUCUUAUAGGAGGGAUGGCUGAGAAGCAACUGUAUCUGGGUUAUUACUGCAUCAUGUUUAGUUCUGCCAAGUCUUCUCUGAAAAAUGAAAAGCAAAUUCACCCAGGGCAGGUGACAAUGCAGUUUAGUUUCUUCCUAUCACUUAUACCUUGCAAAAGUCACCUGAGUAGAAUUCAGCUCUGUCAAAGUUGCAGCCAGGAUGUGAAGAUUUCCAGAUACUCCUUUCUGAUUAUUAUGUCAGAUCUGCUGCUGGGCCUGUCAGGAAGGACAUUAUUUCUAUGUUUAAUAUGUUGCUACUGCUUAAUGGCUUAGGACAAUCUCUGAACGAGGAAAUUUGUUGAAUGAGUUCAUAGCUUCUAGUCUCACUAAUAUGAGAGUUUGUAUAUGGGUGCAAUAGAUGAUUUGAAGGAGGUGGAAGAUGGAGGAAAAAUAAAGCAUAGCCCAAAACACAAAUACUGUAGAAAUUGAAGUUCAUAUAUUCUGCUACUGCUUAGGCUUCUGUCUAUUACUUUUGAGGUGCAUGAACAGUUUGUGUGUGAAAGGGUAUAAAGGGAGAUGUCUGAUUUGACAAAUUCUUCAUUGAUGUUGUUCAGCUCAUUCAUUGGAAACAAUAUUUGAGGUCUUCUUAUGUGGACUUCUUUACUAAGGUGUCUCAUUCCCUGGGAACUGCCCAGAAAAAAUGUUUUGCCAAAUCUAAUACAAAAGCUGUUCAGCUAUUCUUGGCUUGUUUGAAGUGAUUGUGAUAUAGACAUGAUAAUGUGUAUAUAAUGCAAAUUGUAAUUGUUUGGUAUGCCAGAGCUAUUUACCUUCUGAUAGUAAACUGUAAUCUCAAAGAGUAUAAUAAAGCCAGUGUGACUGCU